AUGCCAUCCGCCAAUGUUACCCUCCAGCCCUCCGGCAAACCCCUGCUCUAUAGCAUACCUAAUGAAUUGAUACUCGAAAUCAUGAAGCUGCUAUCUCCCUUGGAUGCCUCAAACCUUGCUCUUUCGAGCCAACGGCUAUUUCUUGUGUUCAAGGGAAGCAAGGAGUCCAUUUUGAUUACUGUCCUCCAACGUCUGCCCGAGAUCAACAUCCUUCUUUAUACUUACACCGCUCACAAAGACGAAUCCCAUUUUGAGUUUAUGCUCUGUCCGCGUAUAAUCGAAUAUCUUCGCGAGAAUUUCACCAUAAGCCUCAUGGAACUCGGUGGCGCCUCUCAAGAGUUUCCGAACAGGCGGCCCCUUGAGGUCCCGAAGUAUACACUCACGACCCAGGAUAUCGAGCAAAUUUGGAACAUGGCGAAGGUGGUUGACUGGUGGGUUGAAAAAUACCCCAGACUUCAUUGGAGGGACAAUUCAGAGGAUCGUCGCUGUCUACGAGGUAGCGAGGUAGCCCGGGUGAGAAAGGCUGUUGCUCGCUGGUGGUUGUACGCGAAAUAUCACCAUGGAAGCACCUUUAACCGAUUUAGCGUUUUUCAGCCAAGCACAUGGACGGUUGAUACUCGACUCCACCAUAUUCGUCUCAUGCCAACGAGCGAAAUUAAUGAGCUUUGGCACCUCUGGCGCCUGGUAAGAGAGACAGUGAGCAAGGACCUUUGCUCAUCUCCCGAGAAAGUUUGCCACUGUAAGCAAGGCUAUAGCGUCGAGCUCGUUCCCUGGGGAGCUGGCGAAGGCCGCCGCCACGCGAAAAUUGUUAAGACUUAUAUGAAGCUUGAUCCUGAGCAGCUUCGUUAUUACCUCAGCCACUACGCGAACUGGAAGAAGUCUGUUACCAUCAGUUCAGUAUCCGACAUAGAGCCAAACUUUGCUCGUGAUUCCGAGACCUUGUCUAUUUCACUGAGUAAAGUUCUCGGGGAGCGCAAGAUCUUCAGAGAUGUGCAGUCCUGGGCAGACAUGCCGCAAUUUGGAAUUGUGGACGAGGAUCGACCAAGCGAGUUACACGAUACCAAAUGGCUUGACGACGCCUGGCCGGAUGGACGGGUACCUCCGCUUCCAGCGCAUGUUCCCUUUUUUCCAUUCGAUUCACCAUCGAUUGUCGCCCGAGGAGACGAUGGCACGGAGACGUUUUUUCCAUUCUAG